CUCCCGUUCUCACAGCUGCGCAAAUAGAUACUUUAUUCAUCUCCAAGAGAAAUUCACAGAUGGACUACUACACUGUAUUUUUAUCCUUUUUCUUUCACUUCAUAUUUGCUCCCAAAUGCUGAUACUAUAUGGGAAUGCAUAAAGCGUGGCAGGCAGGACGAGGAGCACCGAGCAGCAAGCCCGUAAAGAGGAUUUGACACUGGGCAUCCUUUGCCUCCAAAAGUACCUUGGAGGAAGAGGAGGUGGAGGUGGAGAAGGAGGAGGAGAAGGAGGAGGAAGGUGGUGACUGUUGGGAGCCUUACCCCCACCUAUCUCCUUCUUCUUGCUUUUAUUUUUUUACUAUAACAUAUCAGCAAGAAAAAAAGUCAUUUUUUUCUAUUUGGAUUAAACGCUCUUUUUGGGGGGGGGGGGCUGAAUGGGUGCUUCUUACGGAUCAUUCCAUCAGUUGGAGUUGUCAUGUCCAAGAAAGAAGACACAGAGUGACUGACGACUCUGGAGCAUUUUUCAUUUAUUUUAUUUUUUUAUUUUUUGGGAAUCCAGUUGAAGGGUGCCAGGCGAGGACAGGGGGAAGAUGAGACCUCCCGGCCCUCUGCUGAUCCUGCUGUAUGUUACACUGUCAAAGUGUCUCAAGGUGGUCUCAAAGAGAGGCUCAGUGGACGGUUGCACAGACUGGUCGGUGGACUACCUGAAGUACCAGGUGCUGCAGGGUGAGCCGGUGCGGCUAAAAUGCGCCCUGUUCUACGGCUACAUCCGGGCUAACUACAGCCAGGCUCAGAGCGUGGGCCUCAGCCUCAUGUGGUACCGCAGCUCGGGCCUGGGGCACAGCGACUUUGAGGAGCCCAUUUCCUUUGAUGGCGUGCGCAUGAGCAAGGAGGAGGACGCCAUCUGGUUCCGACCUGCCGACCUCCAGGACGUAGGCCUCUACUCCUGUGUGUUACGGAACUCCACCUACUGCAUGAAGGUGUCCAUGUCUUUAACUGUGGCUGAGAACGACACCAACAUGUGCUACAACUCCAACAUGCGACGGAUGGAGAAAGCCGAGCUUAGCAAGAGCAAAGACAUCUUGUGCCCUGACAUCGAUGACUACGUUGAGCCUGGCAAGGAUCCGGACAUUACCUGGUACAAGGAAUGCCAUCCAAAGCAGUGGCGAGCCAACAUCAUCCAUAAGAGGGACCUCCUGUCUUUUCAGGAGGUGAAGGAGGAUGACAUUGGAAAUUACACCUGUGAGGUCCAGUUUGGCGGUUUUGUGGUCAGGAGGACGACGGAGCUCACCGUCACUGCCCCUUUGACCGACAAGCCUCCAAAGAUCCUGUUCCCUUCAGAAAACAAGAUCAGCAACAUGGAGCUUCAACUAGGAGGCGCUCUCAACCUGACGUGCCGGGCCUUUUUCGGCUACAGCGGUGACGUCAGCCCGCUCAUCUACUGGAUGAAGGGAGAUAAGUUCAUCGAGGAUCUGGAUGAGGAGCGAGUACAGGAGACGGAAAUCAAGGUUGUCAAGGAGCAUCUGGGUGAGCAGGAAGUCGCCAUCUCCCUGACGAUUGACUCAUUGGAGGAGGAGGAUCUGGGAAAUUAUUCAUGUUACGUUGAAAAUGGCAACGGCCGUCGCCAGGCUACCAUCCAGCUCUUCAGGAAGGCAGAGCUCAUGUACACGGUGGAGCUGGCUGGGGGUCUCGGGGCCAUCCUGCUGCUACUCAUCUUUCUCAUCUCGCUCUACAAAUGCUACAGGAUCGAGCUGAUGCUUUUCUACAGGAGGCACUUUGGCAGCGACGACCUGGAUGGAGAAAACAAAGACUAUGAUGCCUACUUGUCCUACACCAAAGUGGACCCUGACCAGUGGAGUCAGGAGACCCGGGAGGAAGAACGCUUCGCCCUGGAGAUCCUCCCUGACGUGCUGGAGAAGCAUUACGGCUACAAACUCUUCAUCCCCGACCGAGACCUCAUUCCAACAGGAAGUCUCACCACUGAGCAUUACCAGGAUGACACGCGGCUCUUUGGAGCCUACAUCGAGGAUGUGGCGCGUUGCGUGGACCAGAGCAAGCGCCUCAUCAUCGUCAUGACACCCAACUACGUGGUGCGGCGAGGCUGGAGCAUCUUUGAGUUGGAGACACGGCUGCGCAACAUGCUGGUCACUGGCGAAAUCAAGGUAAUCCUCAUUGAGUGUGCCGAGCUGCGCGGCAUCAUGAAUUACCAGGAAGUGGAGGCCCUCAAGCACACCAUCAAAACGCUCACUGUCAUCAAGUGGCACGGCCCCAAGAGCAACAAGCUCCACUCGAAGUUCUGGAAGCAGCUGCAGUACGAGAUGCCCUUCCGGCGCACUGAGCCCAUGCUGGGCCAUGAGCCGGCGCUGGACGUCAGCGAGCAGGGCCCCUUCGGCGAGCUGCAGACCGUCUCGGCCAUCUCCAUGGCGGCGGCCACCUCCACAGCCAUGGCCACCGCCCACCCGGAGCUGCGUUCGUCCUUCCACAACUCGUACCACACCACCGUGAGGCAGAAACACUACUAUCGCAGCUACGAGUACGACCUGCCGGCGGCGGGCACCCUGCCGCCACUCUCCUCGCUGGGGAACCAGCACACCUACUGCAACAUCCCGCUCACGCUACUCAACGGCCAGAGGCCUCCUGGGAAGAGCCGGGAGCACAGUCUGGAAGAGGCGCAUGCCAAUAAUGCCAUGCUUCCCCUGCUGCCCAGAGAGACCAGCAUCUCCAGCGUCAUUUGGUAACUACUUGGCGGAGCAUGGGCAUGGAGGGAUGAAGCUCCAAUGGCACCAUCAUGAUACAGUAUAAGGGGGGCUUUUCCAACUGGCGCCAACACCAUCUCCCUGUUAGGACUCCCUUUUUUAAUGUCAUUUCUAAUCAUGACAUCAUCGACAAGACAAUUCCACACCGAAGGACGCUAUCGUGGACACAUGUACGCACGCACAUGAAUAUACAUCCAAACAAAAAGGAAAACAGGGUCUUGUACAUAUUAUCUCAAUUUAUUUGUAGCAUCAGUGUUUUCCUCCUCUGUUCUUGCAUUUCAUUCAAUCUGUUGCCUUCUGUUUUGCAGGAGUUUGCUUUAACUCUGCAUAUCCAGUGGGGGAAAUAAGUAUUUGAUCACCUGCUGAUUUUGUAAGUUUACUCCCUUGCAAAGAUUUGAACAGUCCAGAACCUUUAUGGCAUGUUUAUUGGAACAAAGAGAAACAGAAUGUAAAACAAACAUGAACUGGUUAUGAAUUCAUUUGGAUUGGAUUGACAGGGAAUAAGUAUCUGAUCCCCUACCAACCGGCAAGCUUCUAAGCUCCUCGUGUGGAUAAGACCAAUAAACUUCCCCACCACUAUGGGCAAGACCAAAGCGCUAUCAAAGGACUUGCUUUGUCUUGAUUGUAGACCUGCACAAGACUGGAAUGGACUACAAGACCAUCAGCAUGGUGAGAAGGAGACCACUAUUGGUACAAUACGGAAAUGGAAGAAAUACAAGAUGACAGUAAAGUGCCCUCGCUCUGGAGCUUCAUGCAAGAUUGGGGUAAGGGUGAUUCUGAGAAAGGUGAAGGACCAGCCCAGAAUUACAAGAAAUACCUUUUUAUGAUCUCAACGGGGUUGGAACCAGUCUCCAAAAGAAACAUUAGCAACACACUUUGCUGCAGUGAAUUGAGAUCCUGCAGUGCCCGCGUGGUGAUGUGGUCAGGUGAGACCAAAAUGGAUCUCUAUGGCAUCAACUCCACUCAGUAGGUGUGAUAUCUAUAAAUACAUCAGAUGUGUAGAAAAAUAUGUGCAAACUUGAUCGUGUGAGCAAAGCUGUUUUGCUAAAAAGGUGCACCGAGGAAUGGUCAAAUGAGCAAAAUAGCACCGGCAAUCUAUUUUGCAUGGUUUGCCUUCAUGAAUAUGCAGAAUAUAUGCAAAUCCUGGGGGGAGGAGAUGCAAAUGUGAUUGAUCAAAUCUGAAACUUGUUUGCGGACAGUGUUUUUGCAUCUAUUUUUAGUAGGUUUGGAAGGCAGGUGCAAACUGGCUCAGCGUUACACACGGCUGCGGCCAUUGUGAAACGGCAUACGAUGACAGGCAAUGAAGACGGACAAUCUACCGUGUGCUUUGAAACAUAUUUGGAUUGUCAGAAAUAAAAAUAGUAGAGACAUGUCGUAAGCUGUUGGAAUGGCUGAUUUGAAGCCAGUCACAAAAAGGAGCCAUGCCAUAUCUCCUAUGGAAAAACUGCUUGCAAGAAGUUUUUUUUUUACCUUCCGUCUCCCUCGGUUUUAAUGGUCCUAAAAGUUGAGUAUUGUUCAUGUCUUCGUAAGGGGGUGAAGUUACAAAAUCGGCAGGGGAUCAAAUACCUAUGCUCCCCAGUGUAUACUUUUAUCACUUUUAUCAUUUUUAAUGUGCUUGUUUGGAAAGCCAGUUAUGCAGUGUACUGUUUCAUUUUAAAUCUUUGCAUUGUUUUUUUAACACUUGUUAUUGGGAUUGCCUGGACAUUUUAUCAGCUUCUGGGAGCUGUAACUACUCUUUUGUUUGUUUUUUUGACCUGAAAAAGGUGUAUGUACUUUUGGACAAAAAAACAUCAUACAAUAUGCAAAAAUAAGGAAAAGCGGGAAAAAAUAAAAAGCAUCGAGCAGAGAAUGAGGCAAGAGAAAGUUGGAGGAGAGAGGCGGGGCCUAUACGAACCAGUUAGCCCCCUGCAGAAGAGGAAGUGUCAUAUUUUGUAUUUGAGACUGGUUGAAAUGCCUCACCUUAAAAAAAAUGUGUAGAUUAUUUUAAAAAAUAACUCUAUUUUUAUAAGAGGUUGCUUGAGCAGUCACAUUUUAUUGCAUUUCAUCCACCACUGGAGGAGGGGUUUUGUUUUGUACACACAAAGUGGUUCAUUGAAGAUCAUUGGGUUUUUAAAAAAAAAAAAAAAAAAAAAAAUAUUCACAUUCUGAUAACUGCUUUGGUCGUAUGUAAUAAUUCAUGUUUAAGGAAAGAGGGGGGGAAAAGAGUUCAUUUGUGUUCUGGAGACUUUGAAGACUUUUUAGAUAUAUUUGGACAGUGUGACUUUUUGAGUAUGCAUAGCAAAUAGAUAUGUAUUCUAUAUAUAUAAUAUAGAUAUUUAUAUAAAUAUAUAAACACAAUUUUCACACGGGGAAGAAAUGUCUAUCUUUAUAGAAACACAAGUCAUGAUCAGUUGCCCUUACUUUCUCACUGCACAUUAAAAAAAAAAAGAGACGUGUUUGUGUGCAACUUUUGUUAUCGACACUUCAGGAGGUACAACUAUAAAAUCUAACGCCAAGCAAUCCACAAAUUCCCCCCAAAAAUAAUAAUGCUCAAAUUUAACUACGUGACAGUGUCAAAAUGUUGCUUUCAAUAUAAAACAGUGCCGCAAACUAGAACCACUGUAAUACUGUUGUUAAUUACCACCAUGAUCCGAAUGUAAGACGACCUGGAAUAUAAGACAACUAAGGCAGAUACUACAACCACUGUAACAUGUUAUUUACCAUAAUGACCCGAAUAUAACAUGAAAGUGAUCUCUUUUUCAAGACAGGUAUCCAUUUUAGACUAAAGCGAUGCAUUUUUUUAAAUCAUGUUUUCAACAACUGGUAGGGAAAAAAAAGCACAGAUUUUUUAAACUGUCCUUUAACGGCAGUUGGUGAUGAUAUACCGUCUCGUAUUUGGGUCAGUUUGGUAACUGCCUUCUGGUGGUGUCAGUCAAAAGUGAGCAUUAUUAUCUUCGGAAAGGCAGAAUUUGGGGCUUGGAUAUCAUUAAACAGUGCAGGUGUACGUAAUGAAGUAAACUAGUUUGUGUGAAGUCAAAACGAAAUGUGACACACCAACAAGGAUGCAAGUAUGACAUGUUUCACUGAGUGUACUUACUAACAAUAAAAUGCGGGUGCAUGAUACCUGACAGGAUUGGAGGACCCUGGACAUAGACCUGGACGUGGACGUGUUUGUUCCUGUGCAAGUUUGCAUCAAAGGUUGGCAACGAGUGUGCUAAAUGUUAAAAGUCUUUUAACUUCAGGUCGUCUUCUUAAGUCACUGCUUUUCUCUUGUUCUGCUUUCAUUUUGGAAGCCCAGGUAUCACUUUACAACAAGAGGGCCCUUUUUUUUUUUUUUUCUUGGCUAAGUGCGUAUUUACCCGGAAUAUAAAAGGUUUUUUUGCCCAAGAAAAGAAGCCUGACAAAGGCAUCUCUUAUAGUUGAGGUCUACAGAUUCAGGUUUGAUGGAAACCAAUAUGUGGCAUCAAAAUGAUCCCUAUGUGAGUUUUUCUUCCUGUCACACUGGAAAAAAGUGGGCCAAAAAUGUCCAUCAGCCAGGAAAUAUGACCUCUUUUUGAUUCAAAUAAAAAAAUGCAUUUUGUGUUUGAUUUGGGCAUACAAAUAUUUGUCCUAUAACAGGUCUCAAAAAAGAGAGGUUGUCGCCUGGCAUUCAGGUCAAUACAGUCAUGAACAAUAUGAGCGAUAUUUGGACUCUUUUAUGUAGUUACAUUUUAGCAUUACUGUCUUCGAAGCGCGGUCUUCAACAUGUCGAGCAGCAAAUGCAUACUAGAUGUUUGAGCUCCUUGACUGCAAUCUACCAUUAUACUGCUCUUUGACUGUCGGUUCAUUUUUCCAGUAACUGAUGUUGAGAAAGAGGGGAGGUCUUACGUUGAGUGUCGUCUUAUAUUCGGGUCGAUACAGUAGGAUUAUAGAUGUUCCAGACUAGACAGCUAUAAAAUGUAGCAGUAGCUUGAACCAGCUAAAUAGUGAGCCAGCAUGUACAACUGAUUGAUUUACGAACAGUCCGUAAUGUCAAUAGUGACCUAUAAACCUUUAAUAAAGGUAAACCUUGUUGUAAAGUGGUACCAAAGGGACUAUUGUGUAAUUUUGUUGUCUGCAAAUGUUUCCGGGGGUCACAGGUGACGUUGAUAUUCUUCAGCUUUAAUUGAGUAAACAACACCCGCUUUGGUUGUGGAACGGUGGGAACAUCGAUAGGUUCUUUGUGCAUGAAACAGUAACACGUUUCUUUUAAAUGAGGAUGUGUUGAAGUGCCACACACAACGAGGAAGACUAGCAAUGUUAAUUUGACAUUGUGGGCAGGAAAUAAGUCGUUUUAUGACGAGACAAUGACGACUUAGUCGCAUAAAUGUUCCCUUUCUAAUAAUAACGACAUCCUUUAUGAAAUCAAGCACAUUUUUUCUCCACCUGCAGUGAACCUGAUGAGUCUCCAUCUUGUAUGUUUGUUGUAAAAGAGGCCCGGCAUCAAAAUGUGCUGACAGGAGCUCUCUGCAGCCUAUUUGUCGACAGCAGUUAAUUGCAACUUCCUCCUUUAUUGCCACCUUGGGAACAUGGGUGUGUGUGUGUUUGUGCGUGUGUGUGUGUGUGUGUGUGUGUGUGAGUGUUUGUGCAUGUGUCCAUGCUGAUCAAAUGCAAGACAAAAACCUUGCAGAUAGUGAGAACCACAUUUGGGCUUCCAUCCAUCCAUUUUCUUGCGCUUAUUUGGGUCAGGGUCACGGGUGCAGCAGUCUCAGCAGGGAAGCUAAGAUUUCACCUCUUCCAGUUCCACCAUGGGGACACCUGGGUUUGCACCGGGGCUUCCUUCCAGCUGGACAUGCCUGGAACACCUCACCAGGGUGGUGUCCAGACCAGAUGCCCAAGAAACCUCAACUGGAAGGAGCAGCGGCUCUCCUCUGAGUUCUUCCCGGAUGACCGAGCCCCUCACCCUAUCUCUUAGUAUGAGUCCAGCCACCCUACGGAUGAAACUCAUUUCGGCCAGUUGUACCCACAAGUUUGUUUUAGCUGGCACAACCCAAAGUUCAUCACCAUAGGUUCGGGUAGGAGCAUAGAUCAACCGGUAAAUCGAGAGCUUUCCCUUCCAGCUCAGCUCUGUCUUCACCACGACGGUCUGGUGCAUUGCUGCUCAUCCCCCUCUAGAUCUCACGCUAUUUUUUGGCUGCCAGUGACACAUCCAUCCAUUUUCUAUUGCAUUUAUCCUCACUAUGGUCGCGGGGGUAUGCUGGAGUCUAUCCCAGCUGACUUCGGGCGAGAGGCGGGGUACACCCUGGACUGGUGGCCAGCCAAUGGCAGGGCACAUAUAGACAAACAACCAUUCACACUCACAUUCAUACCUAUGGACGGUUUGGAGUCUUUCUUUUAACGUAUUUCUAUUGAUGAACUUCAUAAUGCACACAAUAAAGUAAAAUUAGCAGGGCGCUACGGUAAUGCUAGCGUUGUCCAUAAAACAACUUUGAUAGAGUAAUUAGUGAGGAAAACAAUACUCACUGUGUCCUGCAGAGCGCAAUUGCAAACCAUAAAAAGAGGCGGGUGGAACGAUCCCAAUGUCGACAUUACCAACACAGUGGGUAAAUCGAUCCUAGGGUCAAGGUUGUGAUAACAUAGUGACCUGUAAGAGUAAAGUGCCAUACCGGGGUAAUGGCAAAGGCAGGCCAAUUCAAAAUUUCUACUGAAAUUUUUUCUCGUUAUUGUUAUGGGAGAAUGAACAGAAUAAGAUUUUCAUUGCAUGGUAUAACUGCUGUUUUACCAUGCACAUGACAAUAAAACUCUCUUGAAUCUUGAAUCUUGAAUGAUCAUGAUGCACUAGUUGUUUGCCAAACAGUGCCAUCUCCUGGGGGCCUUACACACACACACACACACACGCACACACACAGUGUUUAGGAUGGUAAACAACACUUCUGCUAAACAACUCAUUGUCUGCAUUGGUCCCUGCAGGGAGAAAAUAACACAAAGUGAAAGUAGGACAGUUUUUUUGCAGUUGGUCCAUAAAAACAGCAGAGCCCUCCUGUCAUUUAGAGAAUCUUAUUAGCUCUGCGCGUUACGCCUUGUGUAACUGCACUGAACAAAAGUCUGAGAAAAGUAGCUUCUCUAACAUCAAAUUAAAAGCACAAAAUGAAUACAGACUCGCCAUCGGUACGAGCCAGGAGUUUGUUUUCCAGAGAGAAGAUUAUGACAUUGUUGUCUGACGUGUGGGUGACAGCUAGUGUGCUAGCAUGAAUUAACUUGACACCAAAUAAAUAUGAACACUAACGCUAAACACAGAUGUAAUAACAACAUCAAAGUUCACCUUUAAAUAUUCACACACAACAACAGCAUUUGGAAACAACAUUUGGAGCAUUUGAGAUGAAAGAAGAACGGGAAAAAUAGAAAUAUUUGCGGCAGCAUCGGAGAAACUUUCACUUUGUCUCGGAAAAACACAACUACGGCACAUUCAAGGACCUCUGAACAAAGUGGGAAUAAACGUAAAUGACUGCAUCGACUUGUAUGUACAUGUAUAUCAAUUUUGGAAAUAUGGGCCAAUAUGUUAUUCAAAAAAUAAUAUGCACCCAUAUACAUCCCAAAGUUUUUGCAUAUUUUUGUCGUUUGUUGCGAGCGGCGACUCGUCACACUUUGUUUGACGGUCCUUGAACGCACCAUGUGCUAACUUUCACCCCCACACUGCACACAAACGCUUGAUUGCCUUUGUUGCUGCUAAGGGGGGGCCCAACCAGUUAUUAGGUUUUGGGGGAAAUCACUUUUCCACACAGGGUCAUGUAGGUUUGGAUUUUUUUUCUCCCUUAAUAAUAAAAGGUUUCAUUUUUAAAAUGCAUUUUGUGUUCAGUUGUGUUGUCAUUGACUAAUAUUUACAUUUGUUUGUGUGAUAAACAUGCAAAAAAAUAAGAAAUCAUGAAGAGUGCAAAUCUUUGACUCGCGUUUUUACAGUUGGUCCAUAAAAAACAGAGGAUCUUUCAGUUAGACUUUUGUCAUAGGUGCUUAAAAAAAACAACACCAAAGCGCACCUAUAAUAUAGAGGAUCUUUGACUAGCGUUUUUGCAUUAGGUCCUCAAAAACGCCAUAUAGAGUAGUGGUCCUAUUUUGUCACUUAACUAUCAAAUGCAGAAGGGCGAAAAUUACAUCGAAACGAGCAUAAAAAUGAAAACUGAAGAGGUAAAAAAUAAUAUUGUGGGGAGUAAAAUGAAUAUUGUGAACACAAAAAAAAGUGAGAGGGCACACACAAUUAAAAUGCUCGCUCACUUUUGCAAAAUCGUCUCUCACCUUCUGAUUUCCACACUCGCUUAUGUUCUCCACACUCACUUUUUCACUGACCUACCUCUUGCAUCCAAUUUUACUGAGAAUGACGUCACGGAUUAAGACUCAAUUAGAUGAUCAACGAUCUUUUCCUGGGACCUUGGUUCAGUGCCAAACUCUACAUUUGGAGGAUGAGCACUACAUAGAGCCAUGGCAUCUAGAGACGUGUGGGCUUUUAUUCCAUGGACUCACAAAUAUUGAUGCUCAUGUCCAAUCAAUGUGACAAAUCCACCUCCUUUUUAACUGAUUAUUAUUGAAAUUGUCUAAGGUUACUAUUUUUUGUGAGGCAUUAAAGGAAAACUGCACUAUUUUUGGAAUUUUGCCCAUCAUCCACAAUCCUUAUGUGAGAUAUGAACAUGCAUGUCUUUCUCCUUUCUGUGCAUUCUAAAGAUAUAAAAACAAAAAGAGGCAGCUCAUUAAUGCACGUAAUAGGAUGCGACUAUUCUGCCUAUACAGCCUUCUGAAAAAAACGCCAAAAAGCGCCAACAAGGCCCCAUUUACAUAAGGUGACCUGCAAGUUAACCAAGCGUCAGCGGCAUUGUUUCUAUUAUUGUUAUUAACAUUGUUGCGCCGAAGAACUACUUUAUUAGUGGAGUGACACCUCGCCACACCACACCGGCUCGUGACGAGCUUCAGCGUACACUCACCCGUAGCGCCCCGCUCACAAAGUGUCAGGCCAUAGGUGAGGCAUUCGUUUCUAUGUUGCUAUGUGAAAUCAAUGUGCCCAAGAAGGAAGUUCUGGCAACGCUGAAAAGGAGUUGGUGUUGGUGUUUUAAUAGCGGUCUUUGUAGGCAGCAUACAGUAGGUGUGUCGUGCAUUAAUGAGCUGCCUCUUUUUAGCCGUUUUUAUAUCUUUAGAACACACAGAAAAGAAAAAGACGUGUUUUCAUAUCUCACAUAAGCAUUGCGGAUGAUGCACAAAAUUCCACAAUAAGUGCAGUUUUCUUUUAACUGGUGUGUGUAAAUACUUAAAAGGCAGCAAAAAUGUUUCCUCCUCAGUGACAACAUCGCUCAUACUGAGGUCGGGGGUGAAAUGCUGUGUCUGAAGUUCCCCAGGAGGGGAGGCUGGCUGCUGUAUAAAGCAAUGGGUAUUGUAUGAUUUCAAGAUAUUUGAUUUUAAAUGUUUGAAUUUUACUGACAUUACUUGUCUUUAUUAGUACAGUAUUAACACAUGGAAGUGGACAAAGGACCAUAACUGAAGAGGGCUAUACUGGGGCCUUAGUGCCAACACCAAGCAAUCUCUCCUUUAUGUCGUGAAGUGAUGUACAUACUGUACAACAUUCAAAUAUCUUUGCAAAAUCACUGUGAUUGUCCUCUUGGGUUAGUUGUAGCGGUACUUCGGGACUAAAUGGACAGAAAAUCUCUAGGACUUCAAUUCCAAAGUGUGACUCUUCUGGAAUCCCAACAUGUUUCCAGUUGUCUUUGUCCUCAACAAGCUGCAAAAACAUUCAACACAAUUCGGCCUACGGCUGAGCCAGAUUGUCUGCCUCUUUGGUAGGGCAGGAAGACGUAGUGGAGGCAAAACAUGGGGACACCAUUGGCGAUGUCAAGUAGUCCAUCUUCUUCCAGGUCAUGUAUAACUUUGCAGUACACUUGAGCCAUGCACACAUCUCUCCACAAAUGCUCAAUUUUGAAAUUUUUUAGGAUGACCACACUGCACAAACAGGACAACACACACCUCUGUUUGUGAAUACUCUUUCCUGACACAAAGCUGACUGGUCCUGUAUCUUGCACUAUGAACAUGUAGCGGACUAUUCCCACAUUUUCAAAUCCUUCAUCUGCUCUUCCUCCGUAUUCAGAGAAAAGCAAGGUGGUCAAUGAGAUGAAGACCACCACAGCUUGAAGUAAUAUUAUGACACUAUAAAUGGGUGAUUCGUGUUUUGCUGUAGUGAAGACUGCAAACGAGUUUAAAUGCUUAAAUUCAAUUUUCCAGGGAAAGCAUUUUUCCAGGCAGUUAUGUAUGCGUUCAAUUUAGAGCAAAUAACUCACCUCACUACUCAUCACCGAAGGGCGAUGGUGGGUAACCACUGAUAUGGAGGAUCUUUUAGCUUUUUUUGCAGUAGAUCUCUGAAAUAAGCAGUGUUGUUAUAUUACACUGUAUGUUUGUGCAUUCGUUGACUCGCCCUGGUUUAGCUAUGCAGCCUGUGUUUAAACAGGAAGUGAUUAAAAUGUCUAUGCCAAAAAUUUGUAGGUGUUUUUCAUUCAUGCAGGCCUCGCCACAUGUUGUCAAGCCACAAGCUGAGCUGGUGACUGUUGCAUGUUGGCAGCCUUUGUGGCAGACAGCUGGAGUUUUAUUGGAAGACAGCAGAUUAAUAGGCUCUUUAUGACACACAACAAUUAAGAGCUUAAUUGCAGAGAAAAUACGCCCGCUAAGAGAGGGAGCAC